ACCAUGUAAAUGGACACUGCACAAGUCCAACUUCUCAGAGUUGCAGUUCUGGAAAACGUCUUUCUAGUGCUGAUGUUUCAAAAGUAAAUCGCUGGGGUCCUGCAAGACCACCAUUUCGAAAGGCACAGUCAGCAGCCUGCAUGGAGAUUUCUUUACCUGUUACAACAGAAGAAAACCGAGAAAAUUCCUAUAGUCGUUCUAGAAGUUCUAGCAUCUCCAGUAUUGACAAAGAUUCGAAAGAAGCAAUUACAGCUCUAUACUUCAUGGACUCCUUUGCACGAAAAAAUGACUCUACCAUCUCCCCUUGUCUGUUUGUUGGAACCAGUCUGGGAAUGGUGUUAAUCAUUUCCUUAAACCUACCAACUGCAGAUGAACAAAGGUUUACUGAGCCAGUCAUGGUAUUACCUAGUGGGUAA